GUAGCCAAAAGCAAGAAAUCAAUUUGCAGUGGCUACGCAGCGCCCGACGUCACGCUCAGACUGAUUUUCUGUCUUUUCAACGAGGACGAUGCCAAGCCCAAGUAUCGAGCCCUUACGACAAGGACGACGUGCAGCGUUACAUCGAUAAUGGAGGACACGACAGCAAGCUGGAGGAGCUCGAGGAUGUGGACUCGGGACGCGGCAUUGACUCGAACUCUGCCUCUGACUGCCCCGAGAACGCCGAAGAGCCGGGCGAGCAUCUGCAGGUGGGCAUGGAGUUCACCUUCCGCGUGACGGUGCUCCAGGCCACUGGCAUUGGGGCCGAGUACGCAGACAUCUUCUGCCAGUUCAACUUCUUGCAUCGCCAUGAGGAAGCUUUUUCCACCGAGCCGGUCGAGAACUCGGCAUCGGGCGCCCCUCUGGGCUUCUACCAUGUUCAGAAUAUAACUGUGCCUGUGACCAAGUCGUUCAUCGAGUACUUGAAGACCCAACCGAUCAUGUUCAAGAUCUUUGGCCACUACCAGACGCAUCCCCUGCACAAGGAUGCCAAGCAGGACUUCGUGUCGCGGCCACCGCCUAGGCGAAUGCUGCCCCGAGCAUACCCAUCAGUCAGCCGGUGCGCAGCCCCAAGUUUGGACCCCUGCCCUGUCCACCCUCAUCCACGGUGCUGGCCAAGCACGAUGUGCUGGUGUGGUUCGAGAUUUGCGAGCUGGCACCCAACGGAGAGUAUGUGCCUUCGGUUGUAACGAACCUAAAAGGUUUCGAUACAAUCCGUCCCCAG